GACUACCUACAAUUACCUGCGUUCAGAAUAAUACUGUGUGUUCUCUGCUCUGAGAGACACUGUAACCAGACAGACUGACACAAUGGGCUGUGAGAGAAGGCUGUUCCUGACUGCUGCUCUGCUGGCUGUCUUUUUAUGCAGUGAUGCUAUCACCGGUGGACGAGAGGCGGAGGCCCACUCCCGUCCGUACAUGGCCUCACUGCAGGUCGCCGAAGGCGGCAGGAUGAAACAUGAGUGCGGAGGGUUUCUGGUGGCCGAUCAGUGGGUGAUGAGCGCCGCACACUGCUUUCUCUCUGGGUCAGAAGGGAGGAAGGUGGUCCUAGGAGCUCACUCUCUGAGCGAACCGGAGGAUUCUAAACAAACCUUUGACAUUGUUCAAGUGUUCAGUCACCCUGAUUUCAGCAUCUCUAACUAUGAUAAUGACAUUGCUUUGGUCAAGCUGGACCGGCCAAUCAUUGCCAGUGAUGCAGUAAAGUCCCUGAAGUUCCAGAAGGACGAUGGGGCUGACCCCGCCACGGAACAGGAGGUCAACACGGCGGGGUGGGGGUCACUGAACAACCUGGGGUCACGUCCUGACAAGCUACAGGAACUGGUCAUCGCUGUGAUGAACCGUGUUCGAUGCGGCCGCAGUGACUACUAUGGCAGGAAGUUCACCAAAAACAUGCUGUGUGCGGCCAGCAAACAGAGUGACACCUGUGAUGGUGAUUCUGGAGGUCCUCUCCUGUAUAAUGGUGUAGCAGUUGGGAUCACUUCAAAUGGAGGAAAGAAGUGUGGAUCCAGCAAGAAGCCUGGUUUAUACACAACCAUCUCCCACUACAGCCAGUGGAUAGACAAGACCAUGACUCAAUAGAAGCCUGGUUUAUACACAACCAUCUCCCACUACAGCCAGUGGAUAGACAAGACCAUGACUCAAUAGAAGCCUGGUUUAUACAUCCCCAUCUCCCACUACAGCCAGUGGAUAGACAAGACCAUGACUCAAUAGAAGCCUGGUUUAUACACCCCCAUCUCCCACUACAGCCAGUGGAUAGACAAGACCAUGACUCAAUAGAAGCCUGGUUUAUACACAACCAUCUCCCACUACAGCCAGUGGAUAGACAAGACCAUGACUCAAUAGAAGCCUGGUUUAUACACAACCAUCUCCCACUACAGCCAGUGGAUAGACAAGACCAUGACUCAAUAGAAGCCUGGUUUAUACACAACCAUCUCCCACUACAGCCAGUGGAUAGACAAGACCACGACUCAAUAGAAGCCUGGUUUAUACACAACCAUCUCCCACUACAGCCAGUGGAUAGACAAGACCACGACUCAAUAGAAGCCUGGUUUAUACACAACCAUCUCCCACUACAGCCAGUGGAUAGACAAGACCAUGACUCAAUAGAAGCCUGGUUUAUACACCCCCAUCUCCCACUACAGCCAGUGGAUAGACAAGACCAAUAGAAGAAUGUUGUGUCCCAAAUAUAUUCCAUAUGUAGUGCACUAAUUUUGACAAGGCCUCAUAGGACCAUGGCUUAGUAACAUAGUAAAACAAUAUUAAUUAUAUUAUACCACUUUAUGAAACAUAUAAUCAUUCCUUAUGUAAAAAUCACCCAAAUAAACCAUAUGCAUGAAUCAAUGAAGUCAUUGUAGUUUUGGGUAAAUGUUUCAAUCUUACAUGUUUUGGGCAAAUAUACUGUGAAAAGUUCAAACAUUUUGUGACAUGUGUAAGCAGAAUUAAAACCAUGCAUACAUUA